AUGUCCCAGCACGGUGAGGUGGAUGACGAGAGUGGAAAAAUGGCCAUUUCAUAUGCAAGUGGACUUUCCGCCGAUCACACCCAGUCUCUGCCCUCGUUUCGAGAGACACGGCUACCAGGAAACGGAGUACAGUCAGCAGCUGCUCGUGGCCCGAGUCCUAUCCUGCCAUCCAUCCGAGACCUUCAGGCCAUUCCCGAUUGCUCUCUGAAGGCGCCAGCCACUGGAUUACCAGAUCACCGGGGACCAUCCCGGACGGAAGCGUAUCCGGUUCAGGAAUUUCGGGGGGGUGCCGUUGGCGCACCAAGUUACUCUCCUACCGGUUUACCGGGCUCAAUGGGUGACAGACGAGACCUGUAUGCUGGAAACAGCAUACCGGCAGCGGUGCAUGCUCAGCCACAGUAUCCAUCUUAUCCGGGGGUCAUCUACCAAAGCGAUUCAGAGCAGGCCUCUUCGCAGUCAUUGCCGCCAUCACAGCAGUCAAACUUCGGCAUCUUGGGGGACUCGGUCGAUUCGAAGAACAAGCGCAGGCGAGGAAAUCUUCCCAAGCCAGUCACUGAUAUUCUAAGGGCUUGGUUCCAUGAACAUCUGGACCACCCCUAUCCGAGCGAGGAAGAUAAGCAGAUGUUUAUGACUCGCACCGGGCUUACGAUUAGCCAGAUUAGCAACUGGUUUAUCAAUGCACGGAGACGACAGCUUCCCGCGCUUCGGAAUCAGAUGCGAAAUGGUGCUAGUGAUCUUGAUUCGCAGCGGCAAUCACCGUUCAGCGACAUGGAGCAAACGUCUUCCGAGGCACCGAAUAGACUCAACAGUACUACGAAGCAUUGA